AUGUUGAACGAAAGUCUUACAAACCCAUUGUUCGGAAAAGGCAAGUGCAACAUUGUCAGAGCUGUAAACAUUCUUUUCGAGAAAGGUUUGUUGGAACCAAUUCCAGAUGACAAGCUGACAGAAACUUUUGUACCAAAAGACGAAACAAACUUUUCACUGUUAGCAAGACCAAAAGUUGUUCCAGACAAAGUUAUAGCACAAAAGAAGUACACAGUUCCAAAAGG